AACUGGGGAGAAGCUCAGUUUUAAUCCCAACACCCCAAAGCGAGACAUACAAAUCCUAAGAUUGUGCAACUUUAGAGAUUAACAAUGUUGCCCCAGAAAGUGGCCAAUGCAUGGCCACACCUACUGUUUGCUUUUGCAUUGUGCUUCAUGGCCAAUAUGGUAGCUGCAGAAGUUGAGCCUUAUAAUUAUUCAUCACCACCAAUGCCAUCCUAUGAGUACAAGUCACCUCCUCCUCCUCCUUCAUCCCCACCCCCACCUUAUGAGUAUAAGUCCCCACCUCCACCAUCCCCUUCACCUCCUCCUCCUUACUACUACAAGUCUCCCCCACCACCAUCACCUUCACCUCCUCCUCCUUACUACUAUAAAUCCCCACCUCCACCAUCACCAUCCCCUCCUCCUCCGUAUUACUACAAGUCUCCCCCACCACCAUCUCCUUCACCUCCUCCUCCUUACUACUAUAAGUCACCACCUCCACCAUCUCCAUCCCCUCCGCCUCCGUACUACUACAAGUCUCCCCCACCACCAUCUCCUUCACCUCCUCCCUACUACAAGUCUCCCCCACCACCAUCUCCUUCACCUCCUCCUCCUUACUACUAUAAGUCACCACCUCCACCAUCUCCAUCCCCUCCGCCUCCGUACUACUACAAGUCUCCCCCACCACCAUCUCCUUCACCUCCUCCUCCUUACUACUAUAAGUCACCACCUCCACCAUCUCCAUCCCCUCCGCCUCCGUACUACUACAAGUCUCCCCCACCACCAUCUCCUUCACCUCCUCCUCCUUACUACUAUAAGUCACCACCUCCACCAUCUCCAUCCCCUCCGCCUCCGUACUACUACAAGUCUCCCCCACCACCAUCUCCUUCACCUCCUCCUCCUUACUACUAUAAGUCACCACCUCCACCAUCCCCAUCCCCUCCCCCUCCGUACUACUAUAAGUCUCCGCCACCACCAUCUCCUUCCCCUCCUCCUCCUUACUACUACAAGUCUCCACCUCCACCAUCACCGUCCCCUCCCCCUCCAUACUAUUACAAGUCUCCACCUCCACCAUCACCAUCACCUCCACCUCCUUAUUACUAUAAGUCCCCACCUCCACCCUCUCCAUCGCCUCCACCACCUUAUUAUUACAAAUCUCCACCACCACCAUCACCAUCCCCUCCACCUCCUAUUUACUAAACAAAAGCACAGCCUUUUAAAUUCAUGUAAGCACAGUUAUGUAUUUGCUUUCAUCUUGAUACAACAUCUCUUCAUGGUUCCACCUGAUUCUAGAGAUCAUUACUUUGCACUGUAGGUUAUAAAAUUAAAGAAGAAUAAUUGAUCCAAGACGUUCUCCUUGGUGUCACUCUUGUUCAUUUUUCUCAUACAAUAUACAAAAGAAGCAGCACCGACUUAGGGUUGCUAUAUCUGCAGA